CAAUACUUGAUGCUGCCAACCGCACUUUUGAGGGCUGCUUCUUGAGGAGAAGUCGUUGUAGCUGCAAAUAUCCUUCUACUCUGAGAAUCCUCUAACCUUUGUGCUUGGAGAAAGAAGGAUCAGCCCUGCACUGCGAUGUCGUCGUGGAUACUACCAGGCUUGGGAUCGCUCGGAGAGGCUUUCAUCGGGAGCUUGAUAGGUAAGAUCACCGACUAUGUGAUCGAAAGUGUUUCGGAGGUGUUCGGAGUCGGAGCUAAUCCCGGAGACGGAACUGACCUCCUCAAGCUGAAGACUACUCUUACCAAGACUAAGAACAUCAUCGGCGGAGUCGAGAACAUGUGGAUUAAAGAUGAAGACACGAAAAAGCAAUUGAAGGAAUUGGUGAUGGAACUGAAGGACACUGCUUAUGACACUGAGGACUUGCUUGACGAGAUCCAGUUCUGGGUUCUGAAGAAACCGAUCGAGCAACAAGGAGCUCAGGGUGAUGAGGCAAGUAACCAAUCAUCUUCUGCUCCCGGUCUCUCUCGUUGGAAAAAGAUGAGAAUUUCGGUUCCUAAAUUUACCAGUCGCUUCGUCGGUAGAGAAGAUUAUGUAAAUAGAGUGAGGGAAAAUCGGAAAAAGUUAGAUGAAAUCAAUACUUGCAUCGAGGUUCUCAUUAAUACAUUAGAUGCUGAAGGGAAACAGAUGAUAACGUCAGUAGUGCCUCGAACCACCACUUCCUUUCCGAUAGAAACUCUAGUAUUCGGACGAGACGAACAGCUGAAUCACCUUCUGGAACAGUUGAUGAAAUCUGCCGAUGGAUCCGGAUCCAGCAACAGUAGCAUCUCUACCGUAACUAUUGUUGGGAUCGGAGGGGUCGGAAAGACUACUCUUGCUCAGCAAGCCUACAACCACGAGAGGGUGAAGGACUAUUUUCAUCCUAAGGUCUGGCUCUGUGUAUCGGAUAACUUCAACGUGGAGAGGCUUACCAAAGACAUCGUAGAAUCCAUAACCGAGGAAAAGUGUGAUCUCAGCAACCUUGAUACACUUCAAGUGGUUGUUAAGAAGAAGCUGACCUCAAAAAGGUUCCUGCUUGUCCUCGACGAUGUGUGGAACGAGGACGGCCUGAAAUGGGAAAGAUUUUGUGCAUCAUUGAGGUACGGAGAACAAGGAAGCAAGAUUUUGGUUACAACUCGCUCUAAAAAGAUUGCAGAAAUGGUUGGCAAACCGAUCCCUCUAGGAGGUCUGGAUGAAGCCAGCUAUUGGGAAUUUUUCAAAAAAUGUGCAUUUGGUUCCGAAGACGCCGGUGAAUUUCCACAGCUAGAAGCCAUAGCAAAGAAGAUCGCUGGCAGGUUGAAGGGGUUGCCACUUGCGGCAAGGACGGUAGGCGGGUUGUUGAAAGCGCAGAUGAAUGAGAAGCACUGGAGAAACAUCGCAGGGAGUGAAAUAUGGCAACUACAGCAUGACGAAAAUGGUGUCCUGCCAGUCCUACAAUUGAGCUAUCAAUGUCUUCCCCCACACCUUAAGCGGUGCUUUGUUUUUUGUUCCCUUUUCCCCAAAGAUAAUCGGUUUGAUGGAGAGCACUUGGUCCAACUUUGGAUGGCAGAAGGCUACGUUGAUCAAGACAAUAUGAAAGACAAUAUGACGUUGGAGGCUGUAGGAAGUGACUACUUCCAUGAGUUAGUGAACAGGUCUUUCUUUCAGGAAGCUCCUUGGGGAUCGACAUAUGUGAUGCAUGAUUUGAUACACGAUCUUGCUCAGUUUAUUUCAAAGGGAGAGUUUUGCAGGAUCGAUGAUGAUGAGUCGAAAGAGAUCCCUAAUACGACUCGUCAUCUAUCAGCAACAUUAACCGAUGGAACUAAGUUAAUGGAGCUCUCCUGUUAUGAUAAAUUGCGGACCCUCGAGAUCAAUUCCAAAAGUUUUUGGUUUGACUUUCGAGUCGAGAGCCCUUUGUUCAUUCAGUUUGAAAAAUUAAAAAACAUUCGAGUGUUGAUAUUGCAGAACUGUGGCUUGCGGGAGUUGCCUGAGAAAAUUGGUGGCUUGAUACACCUCCGCUACCUUGACAUAUCCUACAACCGUUACAUUAAGUGGCUGCCGGAGUCAUUAUGUGAUCUUUAUAAUUUGCGAGUACUGGAUCUGUCUGAAUGCGACCUGCAGAGUUUACCGCACGGCAUGAGCAAGUUGAUCAACUUGAUGCAUCUUAAUGAAGAAGACAAAAUAAUUUCCGAGAUAAAUGAUGUUGGGAAGCUGACUUCUCUUCAAGGACUGUGUUCAUUUAAAGUACUCAAGGAUUAGGGACACGAGGUUGCCCAAUUAGGCGGUCUGAAACAACUUCAUGGACAACUUCGAAUUACCAACCUCGAGAACGUUGAGAGUAAACAAAAAGCAGGCAUGGCUAAUCUGAACAACAAACAGUACCUUGAUGAACUAGUCUUAGAAUGGACAUCGGAUGACGGCAAUGAAUUAAUUAUGUCGAAGGAGGUACUGGAAGGUCUCCAACCACAUCAGGCUCUCAAACGUUUGACGAUCAGAGGGUACACUGAUAACUCUUGGUUUGAAAAAUUGCAAAGCAUGGGAGGAUAUUUCAUGUAUUGGACAGCUACCGAAUCUCAAGAAACUUUACGUGAAGGGAAUGCCUGCAGUGAAACAAAUAAGUCAUGGAUUAAGUACAGAGAGCAAGUUCUUGCCUAAUCUGGAAGUGCUAGUGCUGGAGAACAUGGUGGCAUUGGAGGAACUCCCGAGUCUUGGACAAUUGCCGUGUCUUAAGGUUCUUCGCAUCGAUCAAAUGUCAACAAUGACGAAGGUGGGCCACGGGUUCUUUGGUUAUAGAGAUCAAGGCAAGUGUUUUCCUUGCUUGGAGGAGCUCAGGUUCAACGGCAUGCCAAAAUGGGAAGAGUGGUCUUGGGCAGAUGGUCGAGAGCUGUUUCCCUGCUUGCGAAAACUGAUGGGGAUAAAAAGAGGAAUAACCUUUGUAUAGGAACAAAUACUAGAAGACCAAAAUACGCAGCGGAAUAAAAUGGAAACACAAUCAAACAGAACACCAAGAUAUACGUGGAAAACCCCUUCAAUGUGAAGGGUAAAAACCACGGGGCAAACUAGAGAUAAUCCACUAUGAGAAUAAUGAAUAUACAAAUCUCAAUCUCUUGCCCAAAACCCUAGCAACAACCACAAGAGAAUAACUGGGAUACAAGGAUCACGUCACUGCCCACAAUAUCUAAUACCUCCCCAAGUAAUCACAGCAAGAGUCUACUGUAGAUUUGAUCUAACCUGAGAUGAGAACACUGCUAGAUGAUUGUGAACAGUCUCUCUGCGUUGUCCUUGUCUUCUUCCCUUUCUUUCUCUUCCUUUUCUGCCUUGAUCUCCUUCUUCUCUUUGGAAUCCCGUGGCUUCAAAGAUCUGCCUCGUUGCUGCCUUUUUAUAGCCUUAAUCUGCCUCUAAAACGCAGCCACCACACCCCCCUAAUCUUAAUUAGGGUUAGGUUAAGAGAGGGUGUGGGCUGUGGGCUGAUAAAGCCCACAUGGGCUGAAUAUGGGCCAUCAGCCCAACAACCUCCCCCUUCAGCCCAUAAGGAAGGCUGUCCCAUGACUCCUCAAUGUGAAGCCAUGCCGACCAACUGUCGGCAUAUCUCCUGUCUUUCUUUUGGUAAGGUCUUCGUUAACAUGUCUGCUCCGUUGUCAUCUGUAUGAAUUUUCUGAAGCUGCAACUGCUUCUCUUCAAAUACAUUUCGACUCCAGUGGUAUCUGACAUCUAUAUGCUUUGACUUGGAAUGAAA